AUGGUGAAACUUUACUUGAAACUUUUAAUUGUGGGUGCCAUUGUGGCACAAGAAAUUUGGACUCUACCAGAUGAUUAUACAAAACUUCACAUACGAAAGAAACGUCUGGUUAAUAGAAUACCUGGUGGAAAUCAACCAACGCGGAUCGAACAAGCUCCUCAUCUAGUUUCUGUUCAUUUGAAUAACAACCACACCUGCUCUGGGACAAUUUUAUAUAGUAACGUUAUUUUGGUUAUGGCUGACUGUGUUCACCUAAAUGAACCACACACAUACAAGGUUAUUUCUGGAACAAACCGUCGAGAUGCUGGUACAACUCACAAUGUGUUAAAAAUAGCUUAUCAUCCAGAAUAUUAUCCUUCGGAAGGGGAUAUGGGCAAUAUGGCUUUGUUGGAAAUAAAUCCACCUAUCGAUUUAGUGCAUUCACCUAAUCGGAAAAUUGCUCUAUACUAUGGAAAUUUAUCACCAAAUACUGUUGUUCAAACCAGCGGCUGGGGCGAUAACAGGCUGGAUAGACGUCCUCAUCCUAUAUUAUUGCGAACAAUCACCGUCCCUACUAUCAGCACUGAACUCUGCAAAAGUUUAAAUAACAAUGAUCCUCUUAUUACUGAAGCAGUUAUUUGUACACACGAUACAACUCUGCAGCAACACGCUUGUGACGGGGAUGAAAGUAAUCCCCUCAAUGACCUUGAAAAUCGUUAUCUGUAUGGUAUUAUGUUAUGGACUCGGGGCCGUGGAUUUCCUGAUGUUUAUCUAAACUUGAGUUAUCCUGACUACAAAGCCUGGAUUGUUCCAGAAAUUGUACGAAUUGCAUCCAAGCGACCUCUUCUUCGAGCCCCAUAA